AUGUCCACCACCAGCACCUCAACCACCUCAUCCACCUCUGCCAUCCCCACCGAUUCCACCACGUCCACCCCAACCCCAACCUCCACCACUUCUGCCGGGCCCACUCAGUCAACCACAUCCACCACAAGCGCCUCAACCAUCUCAUCCUCCUCCACUGCCCCCACCGAGUCCACCACUUCCACCACCAGCACCUCAACCACCUUGACUGCCCCCACUGAGUCCACCACGUCCACCUCCACCUCAACCACCUCCACCACGGAGUCCACCCACACCGAGUCCACGAUGUCCACCUCAACUUCAACCACCUCAACCACCUCGUCUGUGCCCACUGAAUCAACCACCUCCACCACCUCCUCCACCACCACCUCUGCCACCUCCGCCACCCCCACCGAGUCCACCACAUCCACCACCAGUUCUUCAACCACCACCUCAACCACCUCCAUCACCCCCACCGGCUCCACCACCACCUCAACCACCUCGACCGUGCCCACUGAAUCAACCACAUCCACCACCGGGUCCACCACCUCCACCACCACCUCAACCACUUCAUCCACCUCAGCCGUCCCCACCGAGUCCACCACCUCCACCAGCACCUCAACCUCCUCAACCACCUCGGCCGGUCCCACUGAAUCAACCACUCCCACCACCACCUCCACCACCCCCACCGAGUCCACCAUGUCCACCACCAGCUCUUCAACCACAUCAGCCGCUCCCAUAGAAUUGACCACGUCCACCAGCACCUCAACCACCUCGGUCGCGCCUACUGAAUCGACCACGUCCAUCACUACCUCAACCACCUCCAUCACCCCCACCGGCUCCACCAUGUCCACCACCUCAGCUGCACCCACUGAGUCCAAUACGUCCACCAUCAGCACCUCAACCACCUCAUCCACCUCAGCCAUCCCCGUCACCUCCACCACGUCCACCUCAACCUCAACCACCUCAGCCGGCCCUACUGUGUCAGCCACGUCCACCACGUCCACUCCCACCUCAACCACAUCGGCCACCCCCACCGACACGUCCAUCACCACCACAACCACGACCGCCACCCCCACUGAAUCAACCACGUCCACCACUGAGUCCACCACCUUCACCACCUCCACCACCCCCACCGAGUCCACCACGUCCACCACCAGCUCUUCAACCACAUCAGCUGCCCCCACCGAAUCAACCAUGUCCACCACCAGCAUCUCAACAACCUCGACUACCUCGGCCCAUCCCACUGAAUCAACCACGUCCACCACCACCUCCACCACCACCACCGAGUCCACCACGUCCACCACCAGCACCUCAACCACACUGGCCACUCCCACCGAAUCAACCAUGUCCACCACGUCCUCCACCACCUCAUCUGCACCCACUGAGUCCACUACAUCCGCCACCAGCACCUCAACCACCUCCACCACAGAGUCCACCCCCACCGAGUCUACGAUGUCCACCUCCACCUCAACCACCUCAGCCACUCCCACUGAGUCAACCCCCUCCACCACCUCCUCAACCACCUCAGCUGCACCCAUCGAAUCAACCACAUCCACCACCUCGUCCACCUCCUCUGCCAUACUUACCGCGUCCACCACGCCCACCACCAGCUCAACCACCUUGGCUGGUCCCACCGAAUCAACCACACACACCUCAAGCACCUCGGCCACCCUCACUGAGUCAACCACGUCCACCACCUCCUCCACCACCGAGUCCACCCCCACCGAGUCCACCUCAACCACCUCUGCCACACCCACCGAGUCCACCACGUCCAUCACCACCUCAACCACCUCAACCACUUCGGCCAGGCCCACUGAAUCCACCACGUCAACCACCUCUUCCACCACAUUGUCCAUCCCCACUGAGUCAACCACAUCCACUGCCUCAACACCUUCAACCCCCUCAACCGUGUCCACCACCUCAACCACCUCCACCACCUCCACCACCUCAACGACCUCAACCACCUCCACCACCUCCACCACCUCAACCCCAUCAACCACCUCCACCACCUCCACCACCUCAACGCCCUCAACCACUUCAACCACCUCCACCACCUCAACUCCAUCAACCACCUCAACCACCUCCACCACCUCAACCCCAUCAACCACGUCCACCACAACCACCACCUCAACCCCAUCAACCACGUCCACCACAACCACAACCACCACUACAACCACCACUACAACCACCACCACCACCACAACUACAGCCACGAGUCCAGGUCAGUGCCAGAAUGGUGGCACCUGGGAAGAUGGCAAGUGCGUGUGUCCCGAGGGGUUCCAAGGUGACUUCUGUGAGGAGCUCAUCUGCCAAAACGGGGGCACCUGGGCCAACGGCUUCUGCCAGUGCCCCCCCAAUUUCCAAGGGGACAGGUGUGAGACCGCCAAGGACAUCGUGGAGAUCAAAGAUGGUAGGGAACUGCCCUAA